AUGUCUCCUAUUCCUUAUUAGGAGACAUUUUAUCUAUUUCUCCGCAUUUUUUUGUUUGAUCAUCUAAUCUUUAAAUGUUCUGAUUUCUGAUGCCAAAGUAGCAUUUCCACUAUCUGACCACACGAGUUCACUGUUGCACAGUAGACUGUAAGAAAAUCUUAGUGCUGCUUUUGACUGAAAUGAGAAAAAAAAGGUCCACUCCUCUAUGAGGAAAUCGUUUACAAUUAAUAUUGCAUGCUAAAGAGGCAAAGGAUCAAUAUGCUUUCAAGAAGACACACUCCUUAUUGUGAGUAAGUUCACUGUUACACAAGUUUUCAUGAGAAACAAGGAGUUUAACCCAGAACUUACAGGAAAGCUGAUAGAUGUGAGAUAGUGAUUUAUAUUCACCGCAGCUGAGUUCCUUUUUUCUACUUUUCUUGUCACUUACAGGCGUGAACCUGUUACUUCCACAUUAUCAUCAAUGGCUUCUGCUGCCAAGUUUGUUUUGUAGCCCAGAAGGACAAACUCUGUGGGAUUUGAACUUUGUUUUCACUUUAAAUGACUUCUAAAUUGCAUUUUUUUUGCUGCUUGGACGUUGAGAGACUGAAAAACAAGGUAGCCCUUUUUUUCAUUCACUAGUUUCAGUUCAGAUGAUGAAGGCGUGUAAUAAAUUCUCUCAACUACUGUUGUGGUUCAUUUUCAUCACAUUACUGCCAGUUUUUUGGGCACAAAAAGUUGAAGUCUUGUCUCAAGUGACUGGAUAUGUUGGCUUUGAUGUCACCCUGCCAUGCCGUUUUAUUCAAGGGAAAGAAUCUUCCAAUGUUACUCAGAGUCAGUGGGACUUCCUGUCACCAGACGGAAAUAAAACCAAGAUCAUGGUCUUUAACAAACAACAUGGAAAAGGUGUUCAUGAGUCUCAUUUGAAGGGGAGAGUGGACAUGGAUGAUCAAUCGUUACAAAUUAAGAAUGUGGCAUUUUCAGAUGCCGGGUCUUACAUCUGCACCAUUAACACUUUUCCACUUGGAUCAUUUCAUGAUACAACUCAACUUCAUGUUCAAGAACAUAAGCCGAUGUCAGCUGGAACAGUCUUUGCUAUAGUCUCUGUUUCAGUGCUGCUGCUGCUGAUGGCCCUGUCAGGCUCUGCGUACUGCAUCCUCAGCAGAAGACAUAAUCAUUUGGCUCGGGUACAAGUUCAAGUUGAUUCAUUCAGUGAAACAGCUGCACCAACCAGACCGUCUUUUAUUAGAAAUCAGGACUUGGUCUACUCUGAUGUGAAAUUCAAAGGAAUCCAAUUUGCUGCUCCAUCAUCUGAUGACAAACACAGAGUCUCUACUCAGGCUGAUGAUGUCAUCUACUCAGAAGUCACCGUUUUACGCCCUAUAAGUUUUCAUGUCUGACGCUGCCAAGGAAAAAUUGUGGGUUUGGAUUAAGCUGAAUCAAAUGAGCUCUCUUGACAUAUUGUUGCAUAAAAAAAGAAAAUAGAAAAUCUAAUAAAAGUGAGAAACUUUA